AUGUCCACAUGCCAGCACCCACCUGCCCUCCCUGCCCACAGGUACGUGAAGAGCCAGCGGCACACCAUCCAGGUGGAUUACAUCCCCUACAUGGACGAGCUCGCCUGCCAGGUGGGGGUCAAGCCCAACCUGCUCGCCCUCUUCCUCACCGACCCCAAGCUGGCGCUGGAGGUGCUCUUCGGGCCCUGCACGCCAUACCAGUACCGCCUGCGGGGCCCGGGCAAGUGGCCGGGCGCCAGGGAGGCGAUCCUCACCCAGCAUCAGCGUGUGGUCAAGCCCCUGCAAACCACAGCCAAGGGCCGUCCUCCCCACUCCAGCACCACAUCCCACAUCUUCAAGUUCUUCAGCAUCGGUUUGAUUGUGGCCACCCUUGCCUAUGUCUCGCUCUCUCCUUAACCCAAAAUGCAGGAG